CCUCCUAAAACCCUUCCUUCAACCCUCCCGGGUUCCCAGCAUCACUUCAUGAAAAACUAGCGCGCACUUUCUCCGCAAAGUGACACACCAAAGACGAAAGCUGCUUGGGCGCGUUUCAAGCAUGGUAGCUCUAGCUACAGUCGCCUCCUGGACACCCGAAGACGAUCUUUUGCUGAAAAAUGCUGUUGAGGCUGGUGCUUCCUUAGAGUCCCUUGCAAAAGGUGCAGUGCAGUUUUCUCGAAGAUUUACCAUCAGAGAAAUACAAGACCGUUGGUAUUCUCUACUCUAUGAUCCUAUUAUUUCUGAAGAAGCAUCUGCAUGCAUGAAUAAUGUUGAGCUUUCUGCUUUGUCUCUCCCAUCAAAACUCAGUAAGUUUGGGCAUUCAAAAGAAAGAAAAUUUUCUCCUCUUAAGAGAAAAGCUGAAAGUGUCCGUAAUUCUUACUAUGCCAUGCGUAAAAGAAUAUUGAAUGACGCAAUUAAUUCCAUGAACUUGAGUUAUCCUAUGAGGCUGGAACAUGACAAUGAUGCCAGGAUUGGAGUUGAGCCUUUUUCUGAAAAUUGCUUGCCUGAUGGUGAUGCCUCAAAUCAUUUUGGAUUCCAAGGAUCAAAUUAUGAUUAUGUACACUGUGCUUUUCCAGAAAAUAUGAUGGAUGUUAAUCUUGCAACUAGCGGAGUAACUGCCCAUGCCUUUUACAGUGAAGUUGAAAAUCCAAUUGAGGAGAACUUUCCUAUUGAGCAAAAAAAUAUACUUAAAGAUGAACCUCAAGUCCUUGGCGAUAGUAUGUCUUUUGAUGGAGGUGUUGAGGAAUUUGGUGGUCCAAAAGAAUUGCCUGUAAAUAGCCUAAUGGGAGAUGAUAGUUUGGUAUCACUUCCUUUAUCAACAUUUGAUCAUAUUAACAGUGACCCUGGAAAUUUGUGUUCAGAGUUUAAUGGAAAUCACGUCUUCAAUUCUCCUGAUUUAGAGUGCGGAACAUCAUUUAGUACCUCAAGGUUAUCUUCAGUUCCUGAAUUGCCAAUGUGGAGAGCAGGUGAGGGCAUCCAAGAGCCAAAUGUGCCUUGUGAUGCCCUUAAAAAUUCAACUGCUUCUGGGGAUGCUUAUUUGGUAGAAUUGUCCAAUUCUCUUUUGAACUUCACUAAUGAGGAAGAACUCUAUUUGAUGGACGUUGAGGGAAAAGACGGGUUUGAUAAGUCUUAUUAUGAUGGUCUGAGUUCACUUCUAUUAAAUUCGCCAGAUGAUGUCAGCCCAGAUCAGAUUUCUACUAUAACUGAAACAGAGAUAUCUAUGGCUUCGAAUUCACUCAAUAAAAAUCCAUCCAUUUCAUGUCAUGUGGAGGUAGAAAACAAGAUGGUGUUGAGCUCUAGCGAUUUAAAAGCUACUACUCCCAAAUCAGAUGUCCAAAUGCCAUCUUAUACCUUAGCCAAAGACCCCCGAUUUCCUGAAUUAACUAAUGGAGUCAUUUGCUGUGCAUUCAACACUGAGGACCCAGAAAUUCCAUCCAAUGAGGAUGUUUUCCUACCUUUUGAUGCGCCCCCUUUAACUGUUCCCUCUUUUUUCAAACAGUCUUCAAGAGAGGCCAAUAAACCAAUUUCAUCAUUGGUUGAGGAUAUUGGACAUAGCCACCGAACUGAAGGAUGCAGAACUCUGAAAACCCAUGGAGAAUCUCAUAUAUCUUCCCAUGUAGCGGGAUCUCCUCCCUUGCCUCGUCCUAGCACUGGUUCUAAGGUGAAAUGUGAGUUGUCCAAUAGUCAUGCCUCCCUCCCAGUGUCCAGGAGUGCAGUGAUGGAUUCUAGUGGCUCAGUUGAAUUUCAUUCAACAAGUACAAGCAUCAAGGCUCUAGUAGAUGCAAAUUCAAAGGAAGAGCCUGCUGAUAUUGGCUUAACAAUGCAGUUAAAUAACAAUUUAGCAAAUCCUUUAAAUGGGAAAACAUCUCAUUUUUCUGAUAGCUUUAGAAAUUAUCCUCACUCUAAUGCCUCUGGCAAGAAAAUGGAACAUGAUUUAGCUGUGCCUGUUCAAGAUCAACACCUGCUACUUGCUGAAAUGGGAUCGUCAGUUGUUGCUGAGUCUGAGCUGGUGUUAAAUCCUUCAACAUUAGAUCAAGAAGAGCAAUAUAUAGAGAGUGACGAUGAUGUUCCUUAUUAUUCUGACGUAGAAGCAAUGAUACUUGAUAUGGACUUGGAUCCUGAUGACCAGGAUUUGCAUCAUAUCGAGGAAGUAUUGAAAUAUCAACAUGAGGAUGCUAAGCGAGCUAUCAUAAGGCUGGAACAGAGUGCUGAUUCCUAUAUGCAAAGAACAAUUGGUUCGCAUGGAGCACUUGCUAUUCUGUAUGGUCGCCAUUUGAAGCAUUAUAUAAAGAAACCUGAGGUUAUACUUGGCCGGGCAACAGAAGACGUCCUUGUUGACAUUGACUUAGGCAAAGGAGUGAAUGCUAACAAAAUAUCUCGACGACAGGCAAUUAUAAAAAUGGAUGAAGUUGGAUCUUUCUCUCUUAAAAACCUUGGCAAGAGUUCGAUCCUGAUAAAUAACAAAGAAGUGCAUCUUGGUCAGUCUCAACAACUUAGUUCCAGUUGUCUAAUCGAGAUAAGGGGCGUGCCAUUCAUAUUCGAGACAAAUCAAAGUUACGUGAAGCAGUACCUGGAUAGUAAUGGUAAUACCGAAAAUAACCAAACUCUGUAGUGCCAAAUUGUAAAUGAUAGCAAGAGGUGUUACUAGCAUAGAAAGUGCUUAUUUUAACUGCACUUUCUGAUCUUGGUGAGGUGUGAUUAGGCUGUUGUAUGUCAAAGCUUCUAACAAAGGACUUGUGCGUUUAGGCACACUCUUCCACAAAUUCCUCGGCCAAAAUUUUGUGUAUUGUGGCAAAUAUAGCCUAACCCAGUUUUUCUGCGUAUCUGUUUUCAUUUUACCGAUGCUGAGUCCUUAUCUCAACAUGGUUCAAUUGAGCUAUA